CCACUUCUAUAAACAUACCCAGAGUCCCAGCUAGAGAAGAAGACCACGUCGUAGUUUUUUUUUUUUACGGCCAAGUUUGGGGACCUAUGUGAUAUUUUUCAUGCUUUUCCUGCCGAGUGGAAAAACUCCGUAAAUUGACAAAAAAAAAAAAACUCGGCUGAAGCUGAAGAAGCAACAGGCACGACUGAGCUCACGACUUCUGAAAGUUACGCUCAUAUGAGUCCAGAGGCUCAGAUUUUUUUAAAUUUUUUUUAAAUUUUUUUUUACAAAGGGAACAUUAAAAGGGUAAAGUGAAGAAAAACUAUACGAGGAUUACCAUUUUGCUUUGAGAUUUAACGCCGUCGAGUACAGAGGAGUUUCUCCAGCGGGGAGCAGAAAGGCAUGUAGCGCAGGAUCGACGCAACUGGUCUUACCCCCUCUCCUCAUCGUCCUUGUCCUCGUCCUCCUCCUCUCCAUCUUUGGGAAUGGGCCAGCGCUUUGCCAGGGUGCAUCUUUCCACCCGGUGGUGUGGCCGGCGCCGUGCGAGAGUGAGGAGGGCAGCGGCCAGGUCGUAGAGCCCGCCCAUCCGUCUCUCUCCGCUUGUGUGGAUUUUGACUUUUGACCUUUUGACUCCGCCGUAACCUCCAGCCAGCCAUGCCCUUCCGGCUGAAGCUGCGGCGCACACGGCGCUACAACGUCCUGAGCAAGAACUACUUUGUGACACGGAUUCGCCUGCUGGACAGCAAUGUGAUUGAAUGCACUUUGUCGGUGGAGAGUACAGGACAGGAAUGUCUGGAGGCGGUGGCCCAAAGGCUGGAGCUACGGGAGACCCAUUACUUCGGGCUGUGGUUCCAAGGAAAGGCCCAGACCCCAGCCCAGCGCUGGGUGGAGCUCGAGAAACCCCUGAAGAAGCAGCUGGACAAGUUUGGCAAUGAGCCACUGCUCUUCUUUGGAGUCAUGUUCUACGUGCCCAGUGUGUCCCGACUGGAGCAAGAAGCCACCAGGUAUCAGUAUUACCUGCAGGUAAAGAAGGAAGUGUUGGAUGGACGUCUCCACUGCACAGUUGAACAGGGCAUCAGACUAGCUGGCCUAGCAGUACAAGCUGACUUUGGAGACUUUACCCAGUUUAUGUCUCAGGACUUUCUCAGGGAGUACGUGCUCUUCCCGGUGAACUGGUCAAAUGGAGACGAGGUGCUGGAAGAGUGGACCCAGAAAGUUGCUGAAGAGCACAAGAGUCAUUGUCGAAUGCAGACUGCUGAAGCAGAGUUGCUGUACAUCAAGGAGGUGGAGAAACUGGACGGCUUUGGCCAGGAGAGCUUCGCUGCAAAGGACAACUACACAAAUGAUAUUUUCAUUGGCGUGUCCUUCAUUGGAGUGUUUGUCAAACACAGAAAUGGUAGAUCCAUCAUGCUCCACAAGUGGAAGGACAUUGGCACCAUAGCACACAACAAGUCAGCCAUCACAGUGGAGAUAACAAGCCGAGACGACACCAUCAUUUUUCACACAGAGGAUAUGGAAAUGGCCAAGUACAUCGCUCGCCUUUUCACGGCCAGACACAAAUUCUACAAACAGAACAAGAUCUGUGCAGAGCCCACUCAUUCACCUGCACCAAUCAGGAGGAGACCCACCUGGACCCACCGUCUAUCUUUGCCGCGUCCACAGUCCUGUAACUUCCAGUCAAUGCAUUCCCAGUAUGGAGAGCAUUAUCAGGACACACAGAGCUCUCAAGACAGUAUCUUACAUGACGACCCCUACUACAAAUCAGAAACCAGUCUGGACCACUGCCAUAUGGACUUUCCCUUCAGAAAUGGCACCGUGCCAAACGGCAGCAUGUACAGCAGCCCCAGCCUGAGCUCCCUCAAUCAUUCUCAGACUUUUGUACCGCCAUCCCCCAUGUCUUCAAACCUCAGCAUCCCUGGCAGUGAGCUCAUGCGACCAGACUACAUCCCCAGCCACCGCCACAGCGCCAUAAUCGCUCCGUCCUACCGGCCCACGCCUGAGUACGAUGCCGUCAUGCGGCAGAAGCGGCGCAUGCUCCCUGCUCACCAUGACCUCCACAGCCAAUCUCUGCGCAGCCUGAACAUCAGUAAUGCGUGUGCGUACCGCCAGCCUGAGGCUCUGGUCUACAGCCAGCCAGAGAUGAGGGAGAGGGGCCCUUAUCAUGGCCUGGGGCCCAGCCCCGGGCCAUACACACCACAGAUCAGCUACAGUAAACCAGUGUCUCAUGGCCCCCAUCAGGGAGGACCUGCCAGCAGCCAGGGCCCCUGUCACUCCCCCUGCGUUAAUGGAGGGGGAGGCAGUGGCGUAGUUGGAGGUGUUGGAAACUCCAUCUCUCACACUGUCAGCACCCCCGAGCUGGCUAAUACCAAACAGCAGGGGACCAACGCCGGAAGCUAUGCAGCUACAGCUAACAUGCUGAGAAACCACAUGUCCCGGCCACCUCCACCUUACCCUUCUAACUCUUUCCGCCCAGCCACCAGCACCCCUGACCUUGCCAGCCACCGUCACCGCUGCAUUGGGGGCAGCAGUCCAGAGCUGGUGACCCGCAUGGUGCAGCUGUCUGUGAAGACUUUUCAGCCGGACAGCUCAGCCGUAGUGCACCAGUCUCUACAGGAGGUGAGUGAACCGCUAACUGCAGCUGCCAAGCAUCGCUCCACCCUAGGGAAGAGACACAGCAUGGAGGUGAUCAGCAGCAUGAGGGGAGGUGGAGGGAUGGAGGGCAUAGUGAUGAAGGGGAUGAACCCACCACUUCAUCGGAGGAACACUCUUAGAGAGCAUGUGAUGCCCCCUCAGCCUCAAUCUGUUUCUCAGCCUCAGCCCCAAACUCCUCAGCCUCCACCUCAGCAAACCCAGGAGCUGCCCAUCCAGAUGCCUCCACAGAAAGCCCCUGAGGCUUCUGUAUCACCAUCUGCCUCAGUGGCCUACCAGCAUCAAAAGACUCUCUCCAAUGCUACCAUGCUCAUACACAGCAGUGAGAGUGAGGAGGAGGAGGAGGAGGAAGAGGAGCGGCCCGAAUUGGACGUUCAAAUCCCGAAUCUCAAUGAGGACAUCAGUAUCAGUGCUCAGCUUCAGGCUGCCCUGGCCAAGCUGCCCAACAAACCCCCUCCUGAGUACCCUGGUCCACCUAGACCUCCUAGUAACACCCAAAUCCGCACCCAUCCUCACAACCACGCCCACCACCACAACCACAACCAAGGACAGCAGAGCAGCAACCAGGGAGCAAUGGACCCAAGCCAAGCUCUGGGACGAGCGCUCAAAGCUGGGCAGAGCUCAGGAGGUGGCGGGCCUGGAAGUAGUGGUGUUGGUGGUGCAGGUGCUGGUGGGACACUGACCCGAGGGGACCAGGGUGGAGUGAACGGAGCCGUUUUGGGCCCUUCCAUUUCAGAACCGGACCUGACCAGUGUGAAGGAGAGGGUGAGGAAGGAGCCAGUCAAAGAGAGGCCAGUGUCAGAGAUGUUCUCCUUAGAGGACAGCAUAGUGGAGAGGGAGAUCGCUCAGAGGACGCUGGAACGACAGAAGAUGUCGGUGGACUCCAUUAAGGGGCCGCUGAUGAUGGCCACCCUCAACGGCCUCUACGUGGUCCGCAUGCCUGUCCCAGAGAGUCCUGCAGAGGAUGCUGCCAAGGCUGCGACUGAUGAAAGGUGCAAGACCUUGGAGUUGAAACUGGAAGAGGAGCGGGUCUUCACUGAGUACGAGCAAGUUCCCAAGAAAAGGACGGAUUGUGUUCUCACCACAGCGACUCUGCCUGAAAACACUGAGCGCAACCGUUUCCGCGACGUCAUUCCGUACGAAGAGAAUCGUGUCGAGCUCGUACCAAACAAGGAGAACAACACGGGCUACAUCAACGCCUCUCAUAUCAAGGUGAUGAUCAGAGGGGAGGAGUGGCACUACAUUGCCACCCAGGGCCCGCUGGCCAACACCUGUGCUGACUUCUGGCAGAUGGUUUGGGAGCAGGGGGUCAACGUCAUCGCCAUGGUUACAGCUGAAGAGGAGGGCGGCAGGUCCAAGAGUCACCGCUACUGGCCCAAACUGGGCUCCAAACACAACUCAGCCACUCACGGCAAAUUCAAGGUGACCACCAAAUUCCGCACCGACUCAGGCUGCUACGCCACCACAGGGUUAAAGGUCAAACACCUGCUGUCGGGCCAGGAGAGGACAGUUUGGCACCUGCAGUAUACUGACUGGCCUGAGCAAGGCUGUCCUGAAUAUGUCCCGGGAUUCCUUUCCUACCUAGAGGAGAUCCAGUCUGUGAGGAGACACACUAACUCCAUGCCGGACACCUCAAAGAGCCUCAACCCCCCUGUGGUGGUGCACUGUAGUGCUGGGGUGGGUCGCACUGGAGUGGUCAUCCUCACUGAGCUCAUGAUCAGCUGCCUGGAGCACAAUGAGCCAGUGGAGGUUCCCACCAUGUUGUCGGGGCUGAGGCAGCAGAGGAUGCUGAUGGUGCAGACCAUCAACCAGUACAAGUUUGUCUACCAGGUCCUCAUCCAGUUCCUCAAGAACUCCCGCCUCAUUUAGGACUUGGAUUGUGACUUUUGACCUUAACGAGUACGGUACUUAAGAUUGCCACAUGUACAGCACAACCUUGUUGGACGCAGAUUCAGAGGUUCAUGCUGAGACUUGUGACAGUAUGUUAAUAGAAAUUCUUGUGGAUUUUCAUACAAACUCACCUCGAGGGAGGGAAUAAUUUGUGUAGGCCUGUAUACAAAUUGACGACCAUUUGUCCUAAUCAGUGUGUUCAGACCCACCCGUUGUUUUUUUUAAUUCACAUUGCGGCUGACUUUGACAGGAAUAUCUUAAGACAUCAGAUGUCAGUAUCAGUUUGAAUGAUUGCCUUCCUGCUACAUAUCUCAUUCUUUUUUUUCAGCCAUCUCUACAAAUGGCAAUACGAUGCAUGAACAGUAGGUGGCAGCAGUAUUAUGACUAUUUUCUCUAAAAGAGUUUGCCAAACAAAAGUAUUCAUGAAAUCACAGAAAAUGUUCCUUUAUUUCUAACAGAGUUUUGAUCAAUACAGCAAACAUUAUCUUCAACAUUGUGACAAAUGUUUAAUUUAUUUUCUUUUAAGAUUGUGGUCACCUCUGCCAUCAAAGAGAGGAGCAGUGACAAGCGCGUUGAUCCUUCGUCUGUCUCUUUUUUUGUUGCUUUUAUGAUUCAGUCUUGUCUUAAUGUUAACUGUACUUUUCCAAAAGCCUUCUUUUUCAAUGUCAAAGGGUUGAUUCCUCUUUGUUCUCAUUCUAUACAUUUCUAUUGAGGUCCCUCCUGCACAUACAGACACAUUUCCUUGUUACUAGAAUCAGAGUCCCUUCCAAUCCAAUAUGUCUUACCACAUUUCUGAACUAAAACAUUUCAAGAGUCAAGAAACGGUCCAAUAAAUUGGACAUAUUUUAGAACUAUCCAGUAUUUGUUUUACUGUUUUGCAAAUGCAAUGGAUAAUUGUGUAUUAUCUAAGUAGAUAAUGUCAUGUGCCUUAUUAAAACAUUAAAAAGAAGGAGAGAACUUAAUCCAUGUUUAACCUUCAAAGAUAAAAUCUUUAAAUCAGUAUUUUAUAGUCUUUUGUUUUGAUAUAAGAUCAACAGUAACAUUUCAGAUCUCUUACCUAACUCUCAGGUAAGGCUUUGUUAGCAGAAGAGCGCCGAUGUCUUUUAUUUUGAAGGGCAACAGUAUAAAAGUGACUCACAAUGGGCUCUGCUUAUAAAAGCAGCCAUUUUAAUGAUCUGAUCCAAACACAACUGUAAACAAUGUUGCCAUUCCCCUCGAUCAAUGCCUGUUUAUAGAAAAAACAUUUCUAAAGAUUUCAUUUGACGUGCUAUUUUGAAUAUUCCUUUUUUUUAAUUUUGCUGAAUUGUAAUUCAAAUUCUGCAGUGUCCAAAGUAACUUUAUACAUGUGAGAAAAGAUUUCUACAAAUAUUUUAUAUAGUUUCUCUUUUUUGACUUGGUACCAUACAAAUACUGCAACAUAAUAAACUAUGCAUGCAUUUUUAUAUUUCAAUGUAUAUAUUCUCAAAUAAGUAUAAGCUUCAUGCUCUCUUGAUAUACAAGUGUUUUGUUGCACUUCUGUUCUCUUUGUGACAGUAUUUCCUCACAUGGCAUUCCACUGUUUGUUUGUUUAUAUUUAAUUUUUCCUUUUUUUUUGUGGCAAAACUCCCAAAAAACUUUUCAGAGUAUGUGUACAUAUGUUUUGUAUAUGCGUUUUCAGUACAUCAAGUCUUUUUGUUUUUCUCUCCCCAGACGUGUAUGAAGCUGUCGUACUUGCUUAUUAUGCAAUAAAGCCUUAUUUUCUUUAAUAAUGUG